GAUUCAUCUCAUUUUAUGAAUUACAUAUGGUGCGUAAUUAGCUGGAUACGGGGCAGUAACGUUAAACCUGUUAGCAAGGAAGCUGAUCGAGGGUCCUGCUCACAGACAAGCAUCACUGGCCGGAUAAAGCCACCCAUCCGACCAACAGGCAGGAGGACUGGGAGUACAUCAUAGGCUUCUGUGAUCAGAUCAACAAGGAGCUGGAAGGUCCUCAGAUAGCUGUGACUCUGCUCGUCCACAAAAUACACUCUCCACAGGAAUGGGAAGCUCUUCAGGCUCUGACGGUGUUGCAGGCAUGUAUGAAGAACUGCGGGAGGAGGUUCCACAACGAAGUCGGAAAAUACAGAUUUUUGAAUGAGCUGAUUAAAGUUGUAUCUCCGAAGUACAUGGGGGAGAGUGCACCCGAGAAGGUGAAGAUGAAGAUUGUCGAGAUGCUGUACAGCUGGACGGUGGCUUUUCCCAAUGAAACCAAGAUCGGCGAAGCCUACCAGACGCUGCGCAGACAGGGCCUCGUGACGCAUGACCCCGAGCUACCGCUGGACAGGACUCUGAUCCCGUCUCCUCCGACUCGACCGAAACAUCCAGUGUUUGACAACGAGGACAUGGGCAAGCUGCUUGCUGAGCUUCUCCGGAGUAAAAAUCCAGAGGAUCUCCAGGAAGCCAACAGGUUGAUCAAAAACAUGGUGAAAGAGGAUGAGGCUCGAGUGCAGAAGGUUACGAAGCGCAUCCACACGCUGGAUGAGGUGAACAUCAACGUCAAGCUGCUGACGGAGAUGCUGUCCCACUACAAUAAAGACCGCUCCUCCAACUCGGACAAGGAUAUCAUCAAGGAACUCUACGAGCGAUGUGACAAGCUGAGGCGUGCGGCUUUCAAAAUGGCCACUGAGACGGAGGACAAUGACACCAAUUUAGGUGACAUCUUGCAGGCCAGCGAUGACCUCUCCAGGGUCAUCAACGCCUAUAAGAAGAUUGUCGAGGGGCAGCCCAUCAACGGCGACAGCGAGGAGCCUCGAUCCACAGCUGGUCACAGUGAGAGUGAGACCACAGACACACUGAUCGAUCUCGCCGGCCUCGACACUCCAAGCCCCCCUCAGCCCGCCGACCCUCCCUUCCGGUCCUCGAGUCUCGUCUCCACCAUCCCCGUCCUGCCUCCUCCUCCCAAACGCCUGGCCGGCUCCCACGGCAGUCCGAGCAGCAGCCCGAGUCACCCCCCCCUGGACAAGGCCUCCACUGCCCUCUCACUCCUCGAUGACGAGCUGCUGUCUCUAGGACUGAACGACCCCCCUACCUCUCUGAGCAGCCAAUCAAAACCCAAGUUGAAUGAGUUGUCCAAUCAGUGGACUUCCUUACAGGCUCCAGCUGCAGGUGUGGAUCUGUUUGGCGGUGCAGCUCGUUCAGGUCCAGCUGUGCCUCCGGCUGAACCAGCUGCUGCCACACACAGCCUCCAGGACCUGCAAGACCUGGCCAUGAUGGGCUUUUCAGAUCACAAGAGUUUGUCCAUCCAGAUGACGGCCAGAGGAAGCGGCUUUGGGCUUCCUGCUGCAGCUCCUCCCCUCGUGCCUGGGCAUGGAUCUCCCUCCUCUCCUUCUUUCCUCCAGGGAACGUUCCCCGGCUCUCCUGCUCUGUCCCACACCAAGGCCCAGAGCCUGGGCUCCGCCCCGGGCAGCCCGUUGUUCCGCUCCCUGUCCCCCUGCCACCUCCCCCUCCAGGGUAGCCCAGCCAGAGCCAUGGACUCCCUGAGCAACGUGCACGUCCCUCUGGAGGCCAUCCGACCGAGUAAAGUGCUGCCUGUGACGGCCUACGAUAAGGACGGCGUUCGCAUGCUCCUCAACUUUGCAUCCGACUGUCCCCCCGGCAGGCCUGACGUGUUGGUAAUGGUGGUGUCCACGCUCAACACGGCACCGCUGCUAGUUCACGACGUGGUGCUGCAAGCCGCUGUGCCCAAGUCAAUGAAGGUGAAGCUGCUGCCUCCAUCAGGAACAGAACUGGCCCCGUUUAACCCCAUCCUGCCUCCAGCCUCCAUCACCCAGAUCAUGUUGCUGGCUAACCCAACAAGGGUAGGCGGCACAAUAACACUUAAGGACACGAAUACACAGAGAGCUUUAAUGCCGAGUGUGUGUGUGUGUGUUCACAGGAGAAGGUGCGUCUGCGCUACAAGCUGGCUUUCAAACUCGGCGACCGUCUGUGCAACGAGGUCGGCGAGGUCGACCAGUUCCCCCCACCAGAGACAUGGGGUCAGCUAUAGAGGAGUGCAGGGACAGACCGGUUCAUGCUCCAUGAAGGUGUGUGUGUGUGUGUGCACAUCCGUCCAUCCCAGAAAGAAAGGCACGUGGGGAAAUUUAGCUGCACUCCACGUUACAGUUUCACAUUCCUUAUAGUUGUUAAUUUUUCUUUUUGGCCAUUGUUAUUACUGGCAGUGAGAAACUAACAGCAGAAACUAAAGUAUGUAUUUAUACGGUGCUUGUAUACUUCUCUGCAGCUAACGAACUAAAGAUAUACAAGAUGGUGUUUACAGGUCGAUGGUAUUAAGAUAAAUAUUAAAAGGGAUUUUCCCCGAGAUGAAUAGAACAGAUUUUAAUGUGCUAUAAAUAAUCAAUGCAUUAGAGCUCAGCUCCUGGUGGACGUGAUCGAUUGCAGUAUCAGACCUCUAAGUUAGCAGAGCCUAAGAUACAACCGCUGUGCUUGUAUUUAAUGUAUUCCUCUGGCUGAGCACUUAUCCCACAGAAAAUAUACUUGAAUAUAUCCCAACUUUAAAAAACAGGAUCCAGUAGAUGUCUUAAAAUGGGAAGCUAAACUGGAAAAUGUAUCCAUUUAGUAAAAAGUACUGAUUACUAACUUUUAUUGUUACCUGUUUAUCAAUGUUACUAGUAAAAUAAUUUGUGGACUAACUUUUUUUUUUUUUUAUGGAAAGGAAUUCAUUUGUUGUCAUUUUUUUUUAAUAGGUGAUUAUCAUUUUAGCAGUGGGUUAUUAUAUUUAAAGAUAUUUCCUUCUCUAUCAAUGCCAGUAUUGGGAUUAUUUGUCUUAUUUACUUUAUGUUCUGUUAUAGUAUUUCAGUGCAUCACUGAACCUAGAAAAUGUGAACUGUAAAAAUCGCUCGAAAGGAGAAUUUGUCAUGCGGAUAACGUUCAGCGGUAAAGAUUCAUAAAUCAGUCCAGCCGAUCCUCCCGUAGGUCUUUUCUCUGGUAGUCCUCAGCUCGUCAUGUGGAUGUACAGAAGAGGUGCGUGUUUACUGUACAUAGUCUGUAAUGUACCUAUUGUUUGUUGUAUGACAAGUUAUGUGAACAUGUGACGUGCAGAUUUUGGGAGUUAUGUCUGUACAUACUGUAUGAUGUGCCAACAGUUCGCUACAUGAACAAAUAAAUACUUUCAAUGGA